UUUGUUCAUCUCGUAUUUAACCGGUAUGUCAGUAGGCAGAAAUUUCGCUACUCUUUAUCCCAGUUUCGCCAUCAGCGUUUGAACAUGCUUUUUAUGUUGCCUGAAAAAGACUGAUAAAAAUAGCAAGCCAGAAGUUAACAUCGCUCGAUAAAAUUUCGCUACAUUCAGGGAAAAGGUGUUGAUUCCAGAAAAAAAAGUUCGUUAAACAAGUGAAACAUCCGGCUACGUCGGAGAAAACUGAUAUACGGCUAUCUGCGAUCCGAAUGAAAAUAAAAAAGUGAUUGAAAAAAAUUCAAUUCAUUUAUUAUCUGCGGCCCCUCCUUUGCCAAACAUUUACAAACGCAAUCAAGUGCUUCUAAACUAGGAUGUCUCGAUUUUUGCUGGCAAAAAGAUGUGGAGAUGUACUGAGUGCAUUUGGCGGAGGUUCUAUUUUCACUAGAAGGCAUCCGAUUACACAAUAUACCCGAGCGCUUUCGACUCAGGCUGGAAAAAUACAACGUCCCACGGGCGGAAUAGACCAGUGUCUGCCAGCAGAUCCGGAAGCAGUACAUGCUGACCUUCACCAACGAUUGGCGAAACUAUUCGACGAAGAAAACAAACGAAACCUGAUCGUGCCAUCAUUCAAGCGAGCACUUCUUCACGGAGAAAAGUCCGCUUUAAGAGAUCAAACCGGCGAUUACAGUUUCAUCCAGAUAUAUGAAGCAGUGAAACGUUUAGCUUUGCAGAUUUCCAAUUCUUGCGGCAGUGCUUCACAGUCGCGAGUAGCGUUCGUCUGCCCCAAUAAUGUGACCUACCUUAUCAGUCAAUGGGCGUGUUGGUUCUCUGGACAAAUCGCCGUUCCUUUGAAUCCCAAGUACCCCCAGGAUCUGCUGGAAUACUACAUCAAAGACUGCGAUGCAUCGUUGCUGAUUGCAACACCCGAAUUUCAAAACAUCACUCAACCUUUGGCUACAAAACUUGACAAACGUUUGUUGCUAGUUCACCAUGAUUUGUUGAAGACUGAAAGUAAACAGACCGAGGAGGAAGUGUCCUAUCUUGACCCCAGGCGGGAAAAUUUGCUUCAGCUGAAUGAAACUCUAGUGGUGGAGGGUUGUCUAAACGGAGAAUUUUAUCGCGACGCAAAUGCGUUGAUUUUGUAUACAUCUGGAACGACUGAUAAACCGAAAGGUGUGGUCCUGAGUUAUGCUAAUCUGGAUGCACAGUUUGAAGCAUUGUCGCAUGCCUGGCAGAUGAAUGGAACCGAUUCGGUGCUCCAUACGCUUCCAUUGAACCAUGUCCAUGGAACAAUUAAUGCAUUGAACUUACCGCUCUCGGUGGGCGCGAAAUGCGUGAUGUUGCCUAAAUUUGACAGCAGCAGUGUAUGGAGCUAUUUAUUGAACAUCAAUAUGACCACCAAGGAAAGAGUAAAUGUUUUCAUGGGUGUUCCCACUAUGUACGGCUUGUUAAUCAAAGAAUACGAUAAUGUUUUUAGCAAAAAUGCUCGAAUGUGUGACUACGUGAAGACCCACUGUAAGAACAAAAUCAAACUUAUGGUGUCUGGUUCGGCACCCCUUCCGGGUACUAUUUUCGAUAGAUGGCAAGAAAUCAGUGGUCAUAAUCUUUUGGAACGAUAUGGAAUGACUGAAAUUGGAAUGGCGGUUUCGAAUCCAUUCGUUCAAGAUAACACAAGACUCCGUAAGCAGGGUUGCGUUGGGAUGCCUCUUCCAGGUGUUAGCUUGAAACUUGUCGACAAGGAAAGCAACAACGAACUGCAUUUAAACGGAGUGGCUAAUGAAGGGUACUGGGCUAGCUCGCCAGAUGCAAGCAGUCAAACAUCAUCAGAUGAAAAGUCAAUAGUUGGACAAGUCUAUGUGAAGGGAAAAUCUGUUUUCCGAGAGUAUUGGCAGAAACCGGAGGAGACGAAGUCGGAAUUUGAGGACGGUUGGUUCAAAACAGGCGAUACCGCAGAAUAUGCCAAAGGCACCAUCAAACUUUUGGGUCGCACUUCAGUGGAUAUAAUAAAAUCGGGCGGCUUCAAACUGUCCGCGCUUGAAAUUGAAACUGCCUUACACGAGCAUUCCGAUGUCACCGAUGUUGCUGUGGUAGGCCUCCCCGAUGAAACGUGGGGAGCUCGAGUGGUAGCUAUCCUAUGUGUAAAAGAUGCCGAAACGUUCAGCAUUCCACUUUUGCUCGUCUGGCUCGAGCAGAAGCUGCCAAAGCAAGCUAUACCGAAGGAAGUAAAACUUGUCCCAGAAAUUUCACGCAACGCAAUGGGUAAGGUUAACAAGAAAGAAUUAAUUCUUCAACUGUUCAGUGAAAAACAACACAACCAGGAUGCAGUAAAGUAAGCUAGGGAGGACUUUAAUCUUGUUUACUUUAUACGUGUUCCACACUCUUAAUUUAUUAGGUAUUCGAUACUUAUUUUCGUUAUUAGUGAGAGAAUCGGAAUGAGCGAUCUGAUGAAUUCAUUCUACUAGUCAUUAGUAUCUGACUGGACUCCGAACGAAACGAUACGCAUAUAUCCAAAUCUACGGAUUGUAUCAAUGUGUAAGCUUAUGUACUCCUUAAUUUUUGCACAGAAUAAGACAAUUUUGUCAGGUUUACAACAUAUAUCUAGCGAGUAAGUUACAGCUAAUAAAAUUCGAAGCAUUCACUUAUCAUAGUUUAAAACCUAA